CACAGAAUACACAUAAAUCUGAAUCAGGUUCCCUUCACUUGGCCGGAAAUGAGUGUACCUCUGCCGGGAACCGUUUUCCCGUCAAGGCAGUGUAUCCCUCUAAAGGGACUCAGAGGCCUCUCCAUGCUCCAAGGAGUAGACGUGAGAAUGCAAGCGGGUACUACCUAUCAUAAGAUGAUGGUGAUGUCCAUACACAUCUUAAACGGUGCCUUCGCUGCUACGACAUGACUGAUAUCCCCUUCUUUUCGGCCAGUGCUUGCUCUCUCUCACCCCUACCGCUUCUACACGCCACUACCAAAGUAGCAAACUUUGAGGCUAAACGCCUGUGGCAUCGUCAUGACACUUAAUUACAUUGCUCUCCUCCACCCAAAGCCUGACCGCGUUGCACGGGUGGAAGAGAUUGCCCGAACCAUUUGUGACUCGGUGUAUGAGAAGGAGCCCGGUGUGUUGAAAUACCAAUGGUUCCGUGCAGGCGACACAGAGCAACCCCUGAUUGUUGUCUGGGAGACGUAAGCACUACUAAAGUCCCCUUCCAAGAUUGAGUUCUCAAAAGGGAGAGCGAGUUGUACUAAUAUGGGAUGAUUAUGUUCCGUAGAUACCUCGAUCAGGCAGCUGUCGAUACGCACAAAUCCAGUCCCAUCAUGGCGUGGCUCGUGGAGAACGACCAGAAGGAAGACAACUUCGCGACGCCAAUCAGUGUGAUGCCGCUUGAGUAAUUUGCGGGUUGGGAGAGCCGGUCUUGAGGAUUAGAUUUCUGGUACAGACAAGACCGCGUAUAUUCCAAGAAGCAAAUCCUAGGUUAUUAGGAGACUUCGAUUCGAACCAGUG